AUGAUCAGAUUACUACCGCUACUUACCUUGCAUCGCUACUCUGUGGUCGUGCCUAAUGGCAUUCUUGUCGAGAAUGUGAAAACCGCAGCUUUAUGUGCUGCACCCGCGCUCGCCUCGCUGCUCCCAAACCCCGCUACAAACGAUUUGGUGGAUUCGCCAAGGCGGAGCGGCAUGCAGUCCCUCACCAUGGGGGCUGCGCUGCCACAAAUCCAAAACAAAAAAGAAAACAAGAGCGGUGAACAAAAACCGUUUCCAGAUGUAUACGGCUCUAGUAUUGGAUACCUGAGUGCUUUGCCGCAUUGUGCUGCAAACGAGGAAUGCCCAGGGUUUAACAAUGUGUGCUGCAGCGCCAGGAGGGCGGGUCGUUGUACUAAAUAG